AUGUGUCCACCUCCCAAUGGCUCUGGGCCAGGGCUCGAGAAAUCCUUGAAUUCCUCACCACCUACAAUCAAGAUCAAUGAAGCAGAAGAAGUGCCUGAUGCUGGCCUGCGAAGUUUAGAUCACUACAAGCGUAAACUUCCACCAUGGCGGUACAAGAUGCGACAGAGCCUGCUCCCACUCAUACGCUGGGAGACCCCCUAUUUAGCUUGGAUGCAGAACAAAAUGCGAUCUCCAGCUCUCGACUCUUAUUUUGCGAUCACAGCGAACCUCGGCACGCAUACAUUUUUCAUGGUCGUCCUUCCUAUAUUAUUCUGGUGUGGACAUACCUCUCUGGGAAGAGGGAUGGUACACAUUUUAGCUAGCGGAGUCUUUAUUACAGGAUUUCUCAAGGACUUUUUCUCACUCCCUCGGCCGCUGUCACCUCCGCUUCAAAGAAUCACCAUGUCGGGAUCAGCGGCUCUAGAAUAUGGCUUCCCCUCGACUCACUCUGCCAAUGCCGUAUCCGUUGCUGUGUAUGCUCUUUUUUCAGUAAAUUCCCCGGAAAGUCAACUUCAAGCGUCCACGAAACUCAUAAUAGAAGUUGUCAGUUACUCCUAUGCGUUUUCGAUCAUCCUCGGCCGCUUGUAUUGCGGUAUGCAUGGCUUUCUUGAUGUUAUAGUUGGAAGUAUUAUCGGGGCUAUGAUAUCUGCCAUUGAGUGCAUUUAUGGCCCACGAAUCGAUCGGUGGCUUCACAGUAGCUCCUGGACCGCGCCUGCGACUGUUGCCCUCGUGAUUAUAGUUCUGAUUCGUAUACAUCCUGAGCCAGCUGAUGAUUGCCCAUGCUUCGACGACAGCAUUGCUUUUGCAGGUGUAAUGAUAGGCAUUGAAUGCGGUGGGUGGCAUUAUGCGACUGGUGAUUGGGCCUGGGACUUCCCAGUGCCUGCAACCGUCCCAUUCGAUCUCAAUCAUAUGGGAUGGCCAACAGUAUGCGCACGAGUUUUUGUUGGGGUACUUGUGAUAUUUGCUUGGAGGGAGGUUAUGAAGCCUGCUUUACUCAAAUUCCUUCCCCACCUAUUCAGGGUGAUCGACAACUAUGGUUUUAUACUCCCGCGAAAAUUCUUUAUGCCUGCCUCUGAGUACAGUAACAUUCCUUCGCGAUUAAAGGUCGAUAACGUUAUGCCAUCUGUUUCCGAUCUCCCGGGCUUACUCACUUCGAUUCGCCAUCCUGGUCGUGGUCGGGCUGUAUCUGUUGGUCCACAGUCUGCGGCGGACGCAUAUGAAACUCUUGCUUACCGUGAGAAGCGAAGAAGAGAUAGCCUGACGAAUUCAGAUGGCGGGAUGACUGGGCCAUCACCUCGAUCAAGUAGCAGGUCAAAGGACUACUUUUCUGUCGAGACUGAUUCUACUGAGAAGAAAGGAUCCACAGGACAGUCUUCAGGAAUAUCGGGGUCUCUGAGCGUCAAGCCCUCCGGAGAUCUUCCCACUCCAGCUCAAUCUAGAGUGGGUUCCUUUGAACAAAUGAUGGGUCAGGGACAUGUUGUUUUGACGCCUUCGACUCCCCCAGCGAUCGCGGAUGAAUACGACGAAGAUCCCGUGAUUGAAGUUGCUCAGCACACCGAGAUGAAUGAGACAGAACUGUGGUCAAAGGUACAGAAACCUAGAGUAAGAUAUGACGUUGAAGUGGUCACGAAGUUGGUCGUGUAUACAGGAAUUGCAGUGUUGGCUGUAGAAGUCAACCCCAUUAUAUUUGAGAUCGUUGGUUUAGGAAUGGGUCAACAUAUACCCAGUCGAUAA